AUGGAAAACAGCACUGUCUCCUUUUACUUUAACCUCACCAUGUUCGUGAACAUUGGACCCUACUAUUACCUAGCCUUUGUCUUCUUCCUCCUGCUUUACAGCUGUAUUGUGUCUGCAAAUCUUGUUGUAAUGUUGAUAAUAUCCCGGGAGAGCACACUCCAUAAACCCAUGUAUAUUUUCAUUGCAUUUUUGUCUUUCAACUCUCUGUACGGCUCUGCUGGUUUCUUCCCCAGAUUCCUCGUGGACCUUGUGUCUGAUUCUCAUUUGAUCUCACGUCCAGCGUGUUUCACUCAGAUCUUUGUUAUUUACACAUAUGCUUCCUAUGAAAUUACCAUUCUUACCAUCAUGGCAUAUGACAGAUAUGUUGCUGUAUGUCAUCCCUUACACUAUCACAGAAAGAUGAACUCUAAAACUGUCUAUACCUUGGCAUUCUUUGCUUGGAUGUGUCCAGCCUGUUACCUUACAUUAAGCAUUAUUAUGCUUGUCAGGCUUCCUCUAUGUGGUAAUAAUAUACAGAAGGUAUACUGUGCCAGCUGGAAUAUUGUAAAAUUAUCAUGUCUUACCACUGCUAUUAACAAUAUUGUUGCGAUGAUGGCGGCCAUAAUUAUAACCUUCCUUCCCUUUGGUUUUAUCUUGUAUACUUAUCUGAGAAUUGUUAUUGUUUGUUGGAAAAACUCAUCAGAAGUCAGGGAAAAAGUGUUACAGAGCUGUCUUCCACAUGUUAUUUCAGUUGGGGUCUAUUCCCUCACUUCAUUUAGUGAUGUUGCCUUGAGUCGACAAAACCUUGAAGAAAUAAAUCCAUUUGUGGCUGUAACUUUGUCGCUAGAAUUUGUUGUCAUCCCUCCAGUUCUGAAUCCUCUUAUAUAUGGCCUUAAAUUACCAGAAAUCAGAAAACACAUUUUCAAGAUGUUACACUUAGAACCCCAAACUAAGAGGAAUUCCUCUAGAACAGUCCAAACUGAUCAUGUGAAUGUUCUGUGUUGUAAACCAGAUAUAAACCCAUGA